UUGUCCUUUCUCUCUCUCUGAAACUUUUUUUUUUUUCAUCACAUCUUCAAAAAAGUCACCGCCUUUAACAAUCUUCCCCAAUCUCUCUCUAUACAAACCCUAAUUUCAUCCAUGGAUCUCGUUGCAGAAGAGCUUCAAUUCCUCAACAUUCAAGGUAUAUUACGUGAAUCCACCACGAUCCCCAAAUUUUCCCCAAAAACCUUCUACCUCAUAACCCUAACCCUAAUUUUUCCUCUCUCCUUCGCAAUCCUCGCUCAUUCUCUCUUUACCCAACCAAUCUUAGCUCAGCUCGAUUCAAUUCCUCCGCAAGAUCAAUCCCAAACCAAUCACGAAUGGACCCUUCUCCUCAUUUACCAAUUCAUCUACGUCAUCUUCCUCUUCGCCUUCUCUCUCCUCUCCACGGCAGCCGUCGUCUUCACCGUUGCGUCUCUUUACACGGGAAAGCCUGUUUCUUUCUCGUCAACAUUGCACGCGAUUCCUCUGGUUCUGAAGCGUUUGUUCAUUACCUUCCUUUGGGUUUCUCUCUUGAUGCUUGUGUACAACUCUGUUUUCUUGUUGUUCCUCGUGGUUUUGAUCGUGGCCAUCGAUUUACAGAGCGUGAUCCUCGCUGUGUUCUCGAUGGUUGUGAUCUUUGUUCUUUUUUUGGGUGUUCAUGUUUAUAUGACUGCGUGGUGGCAUUUAGCUAGUGUUGUCUCUGUUCUUGAGCCUAUUUAUGGGAUUGCUGCCAUGAGGAAGAGCUAUGAGUUGCUUAAAGGAAGGACUAGUAUGGCGUGUACUAUGGUUUUUGUGUAUCUUGCUCUUUGUGGUGUCACCGCUGGUGUUUUCGGUGCUGUUGUGGUUCAUGGAGGAGAUGAUUUUGGGUUGUUUACAAAGAUUGUGGUUGGAGGUUUCUUGGUUGGGAUACUAGUGAUUGUGAAUCUUGUGGGUUUGCUUGUGCAGAGUGUGUUUUACUAUGUUUGCAAGAGUUUCCAUCAUCAGGAGAUUGAUAAAUCCGCGUUGCAUGAUCAUCUCGGUGGGUAUCUUGGUGACUAUGUUCCUUUAAAAAGCAGCAUUCAGAUGGAGAACUUUGAUAUUUGAUCGAUAAUGGAUCGGAUGAUGAUGAAGAAAAAGAAGAUAAAGAAACAGUUUUUGCGGUUUGUCAUUCAAGAAUGGAGGAUACAGAUCCCUUCUUCGUUUUUACAAUGUCAGAAGUGAAGAAGACUAUGCCUAUGCCACACCAGAGACAGUCCUUGAAGUAUAAUAAAACCUGCCAGAUCAUCUCUGGAGUCACAUUUGCAGGAGCGAGCACCUCAUUACCAGGUCAAGUUUUAACCCGUGAAAGAGAUGAAUAUCUGAAUUUUUGUGUUCCUCUGUAUCAAGCUACAUUGAAAGGUGAAUGGAAAGAGGCAAAGCUAAUAAUCGAUCAGAACAAAUCAUAUUGGAACAUCCUAUCAGUAUUGCAUGAGUGAGCACAUACUCUGUAUCAUGUAGUAUUACUUAGUAUUUUAGUAUUAUGCAUCUUAAGAGCUUUCGUUUAAAAUUUAUGGGUGUCUUUGUUGUAUCAUUAUUGUGAACUUUGUAGUGUGGUCAUAUGUGAGACAUCUUAAUCACUUUCAGAGAGUA